AUGUCCGAAACCGCGGUUCCGGCAAUUCCCCAUGUUGCCGCGAACAUGACGCCCUUGAGCGUCGUCUUACAGCGUUAUUCGAUACAUAGUUUCAAAAAACUCAAGGAAUACCUGAAAACGCUGGAAAACUCAACCCAACCAGAUAGCGUCAAGAAACGCACAUUCCUCGAGCUUUUGGUGUCAAUUCGUGAAAACUUUGUCAGAUUGUACGUUUUGAGCAAAUGGGCGCGUAAUUCCAAGAACGUUGAGAAACUGAUUGAUCUAUUUGUCUGGCUUAGAGAACAAAAUCAAACCGUCAGUAAUGCUCUCAUCCAGAUAGGAGCGACAAAACAGUCACUAGUUUCGGCCAAAUUGCCUAACCCGGAUCUCGAGACCGCUCUGGAGGUCCUCAUCAAGGGACAGCCACAGUUACCGACACAUAACUACGAACCUCCUCGGAACGUUGACCCUAACGUGAUUCUCCGAACGUUGAAGGACUUGAACGUUGAGUUGUCCACAAAGAUGGCUCUGGAGGAAAACCUCCCCAAACCAUUCUUUAACUGCGAAAUCAAAGAUGGUCGUGUCAAGUUCCGUAUUCCGAACUUGUUCCAGUGCUGCGUUUCCAUCGCAAACACGUACGAUCAAUCGGGAUUUUUCUUGGUGGACUUCAAAUUGGAGUUCCAACUAAAAGACAACAAGCUCAUCCCGCAGGUGACAGCGUUGCCACGCCCCACAUUCAUGCAUCUUGAAAAAGUCGCCAACCUAGAGCUCAGUAAGAAUGGUCUUGCCGGACUGUACAAUUUGUUCCACAACUACGCCAUAACAUGCAAAUUGUACUAUCUCCACCGCCAGCUGAUUAAGCUUCGAAUGGGUUUAUGGAAGAGCCAUUUGACGCACACAUACAACGCCGAAAAGUGUUUUGUCGUUGUCACUUACUGGCUCCGCAGACGCUCCGUGAGAUCCACCAUUGAGAUCGGUAAGAUGAAGAAUAACGAGCUCGGGUUCCGCUGGAUUCGUGAAGGACAACUAAGUACAGACCAUGGACUCAAGCUGGAGCAGGAAGACGGUUCGAUCAACAUCGAACAUCUCAUUAGAAACAUUAUCGAUAAACACGUCCAAUCCCAUAUCAAAGAGGUGCAGAACGAAAUUGCCGACAAAAUUGACAUCGCAGACAAGUUUGUUUCUGUUCAGAAGGAAUCACAGUUGAUAUUAAAGCUCAGUUCAAUGAAAAUCGCCGUCUACGGUAUCGACUCGCUAUCUGGUGAUGGAUAUUUCCAAAAUCCGACCCCAAUAAUGAUGAGAAUAGCCGCACAGAUCAACACAGACACUCGUGAAACAGCAUUGAGGCUGCUUUCACUGCGAUUGGAGGUCCAUCUCAGCGAGAUUUCGUCUCUCCUCACAGCCACAACCUGGCUGGGUGUCGAUGUGGUGAAGUUGCCAAUCAGAGAGUACACCAAGCUGGGAGUCGAUUACGAGCACCUCAAAGACCAGAACCUUGCUGAGAAACUGUUUGCCCUGAAAUUCUAUCGCCGCAGAGAAUGGCCAAGUGGAUGGUUUCUCACCGUGGGUGUUUCUGGAUUCUCGUCAAAAGUGCAGUGGUGGUGUUCAAGAGUCAAAUCUUCUUCUGGUCAGUGGGCCAUAUCAUGGAUCGAGCCGAUUACGUUGAAUUCCACCGAGGGAGAGUACAGCUACGAAACAUUUGUUAACCUCACCAAAAAGACUACGUCGAUGUUGCUCUGUAACAUGGUUGUCAAGGAGCUUGAGGAUCAAGGCUGCAAGCUCAAGAUCGUCGACAAGGACGAUUCCAAGGUUAAACAGCUGAUUAGCCAAGACUCGGCAACAAAAUCAAAUGAGACCCAAAGUGAAGACUCCACCACAGUUGUGAUAGAUAACAGAUCGCUAUUCAACAUUCCAAAUUGUCGCGACUCUCUGAUUUUGGUCAUGAACAUUAAGAACUCCGCGUUGGAAAUUUUGAUUUUUGGCAAGCUCCAGAACGAGCUGAAGCUGUCGUCCAUUUCUUUUAACGACGAGAAGAACAAUUCCAUUGAGCUGAAUCCGGAAACGUCUAUUUUCAAGAUUCAUUCGAACGUGAAUUUGUCUGAGAUGCUGAAUGCAGGUUCUGGUGCCAACUACUUCAACUCGCUCUCUGCUCCUACAGAGUUCUCCAUCAUGAACGACUCGCUAUCUGUUUUGAACAAGUUCUCCAGCUUGCUUUCGCUUCUGCACAUUGUGAGCCACGACGAAUCGUUGAAGGUGAUUGAAAUCUCAUUGAGCGCGGUUACUUUCCAAUACGGUAGCAACGAGGAGGAGAUGAUCACAUUGGUCUUGCUAAACGAGUCUCAAGACUCUAUAUCGAUCGAGCUGCCAAAGGACAAUCCACACAGACUGUGCUACAAAUACUUAAACGAUAUGGUCGCUGAGUUUGAUUUCGGCAAGAUCCAGCGUCUGGUCAAGUAUCUGAAGCUAACUCUGCCAUUCUACAAGAUGCUGGUGAAGUUAUCUGACGAGAACGAGGAACUUUACCAAAAAUUUGUGGACCAGAACGUCAACUCGCCGGAUCUCAACAUGACCCCAGACAAUGGAUACGAGCUCAACACGUACAACUUUGAGCAGUUCAAGAUCACCUACUACAAGUACGUCGAGCGGAAGAUGGAAAAGAAGACAAAGACGGAGAAGGUGCGCGUGAAUUUGAACGUUCAGCUGAGACACAAAACAAACGAGCUGUCGCUCACCAAGUCGCUGUUUCUAGUGACGCUCGAACCGCUGGAUACCGACCAGAUCGACGAGUCCAUGAAGCAAUGGCUCCACAACCUGGUCACCUCGUUGCACCCUACAUUUAACGGCGACGCUCCUAUCAGUUCGGUCGGACAAGUGGUGUAUUUGAAACGGGCGAUUGCCUGCAGCUAUCUGGCUGUUGAGGAUGUUGUCGACGCUUUGCACCAGAAAAUUAGAACACUGUGUAAAGCCAACUAG